AUGUAUUUUACAUUUGCAUGGGCUGGAUGGGAAGGAGCAGCUCACGAUAGUCGUAUAUUUGGUGAGGCCCUUCGUAGACCAGAACUCAACUUUCCACGUCCAAUUGGAAAUAAGUAUUAUCUAGUUGAUGCAGGAUAUCCGCAUAUGAAGGGAUAUAUGGCUCCAUACAAAGGAGAUAAUCACAUUGACACUCAAAGAGACAUCGUACUUGCUACUAUGGCCAUUCAUAACUAUAUUAGAAAGAAAUGCAAUAUGGAUGAUGCAUUCCGAGCAGCUAAGAAAGAGAGAUAUGUUCCAUCGGUUGAUCCUGACGUUGGUACAUCUUUGAGAGCUAAUAACAAUAUAAAUGCGAAAAAUGUAGAAGAGCAAAGUGAUCUUGUUUGGAUGGGUCUUCGCGAUUUGAUUGCUAAUGAAAUUUGUGAAGCUUGA